AGACAGGAACAAGAUGGCGCCGGGAGGAGCGUUAGCCUCCGGACCAGUCGUUGUCUGAAGGACUGGCGAUCCAGCAGAAUGAACCUCUGCGCCCAAUAUCUCCGACAGGCAGAGGCCCUGAAGGCAGACAUGACAGAUUCGAAGCUGGGGGCGGCAGAGGUGUGGACGUCCCGGCAGGCCCUGCAGGAUCUGUACCAGAAGAUGCUGGUGACCGACCUGGAGUACGCUCUGGACAAGAAGGUGGAGCAGGACCUGUGGAAUCAUGCUUUCAAGAACCAGAUCACCACGCUGCAGAGCCAGGCCAAGAACCGGGCCAACCCCAACCGCAGCGAGGUCCAGGCCAACCUGUCGCUGUUUCUGGAGGCGGCGAGUGGCUUCUACACACAGUUACUGCAGGAGCUGUGCACCGUGUUCAACGUGGACCUGCCGUGUCGCGUCAAGUCGUCUCAGCUCGGCAUCAUCAGCAAUAAACAGAGCAGCACCAGCGCCAUCGUCACGCCGCAGCCCAGCUCCUGCUCCUACAUCUGCCAGCACUGCCUCGUCCACCUCGGAGACAUCGCACGUUAUCGAAACCAGACCAGCCAGGCGGAGUCGUACUACAGACACGCUGCUCAGCUGGUCCCAUCGAACGGUCAGCCGUACAACCAGCUGGCCAUCCUGGCCUCCUCUAAAGGAGAUCACCUCACCACCAUCUUCUACUACUGCCGCAGCAUCGCGGUGAAGUUCCCCUUCCCAGCAGCCUCCACCAACCUGCAGAAGGCCCUGUCCAAGGCCCUGGAGAGCCGUGAUGAGGUGAAAACCAAGUGGAGCGUGUCGGAUUUUAUCAGAGCCUUCAUCAAGUUUCACGGCCACGUCUACCUGAGUAAGAGUCUGGACAAGCUGGACGGUCUGCGUGAGAAACUGGAGGAGCAGUUUCAGAGGCUGAUCCUGCAGAAAGCCUUCAGCUCUCAGCAGCUGGUCCACAUCACCAUCAUCAACCUGUUUGAGCUCCACCACCUCAGAGACCUGACAGCUGACGGCAGCGAGCAGAGCUUCAGCAGCGAGCAGCAGAUCAGCUGGUUCCAGCUGCUCGGACUCUUCAUGUCCUUCCUGGGCGUCAUGUGCAGCCGAGCUUUGCUCAACAAGAGUCGGGGGGAGGAGAUCAUGGGGGAGUGUCCUCUGCCGGCCAUCAAAGUGUCUCUGGACUGGCUCAAGCUGAGACCCAGCGUCUUCCACGAGGCCGCCGUGGACCAGAGACAGCACGUCUGGCCCUGGCUGGUGUCCAUCCUCAACAGUUUCCAGCCCAAAGAGGACGACGUGUCCUGCUGCUCAGUGACGCCGCUGCCAGAGGAGUUUGAACUGCAGGGUUUCCUGGCGCUGCGGCCGGCUCUGAGGUCUCUGGACUUCACCAAAGGUCAUCAGGGGAUCCUGGUGGACAGGGACGGGCUGCCGGUCCACACUCGGCAUCAGAGACUCAUCAGUCUGGGGAAAUGGGUGGCGGACAACCAGCCGGGGCUGAUCCGGUGCAGAGUGAGCGAGGAAGGCCUCCUCCUCUUCAUCACCGACAUUCCAGAGCAGGCCAUCGAGGAGCCGCAGGACAAGGAGGCGCCGGUCCUGCAGGAGUCAUCCAACGCCGAGCAGACGCCCAACGACGGCGGGAACGCCGGCUUGAAGUCGGUGCUGUCGGCGGGGAAGACGCAGAGCUCGUGGCCCGACGGCAGCGACCGACCCGUCGUCACCUUCAAGGAGAACAUCAAACCCCGCGAGCAGAGCCGCGAGCCCACGCGGAACCAUCACCUGAAGGACAGCGGCAAAGAGCGGCGAGACUUCGCCAAAGGCAACGGGGCCGCCGGCAAAGGAGAGCUGAAGAGGGACGCCAAGAGGAAGAGCGAGCUGAAAAAAGCUGCUCAUGAGAAAACUGCGGACGCUGGGAAACAGUUGAAGGCUCAGACAGAGCUGAGGAAGACUCCAGUGUCGGAGGCGAAGAAGACUCCCGUUACCCAAACUCAAACCACCUGCUCCUCCCAGUUUAUCCCCAUCCAUCAUCCUGGAGCUUUCCCACCACUGCCCAGCAGACCAGGUUUCCCGCCCUCAGCGUAUGUGAUCCCGCCCCCGGUGGCGUUCCCGGGGCUCCAGGUGAAUCCGGGUUUCACUUUCUCCACCGGAGUGUCCGUCCCCGGCCCGUUCCUCCAGCCGGGCGUCCACACCCAGGCCGGCACCCAGGCCGGGAAGCAGUCCCACAUUCCCUACAGCCAGCAGAGGCCCUCCGGUCCCGGUCCGGGUCAGGGGCCCGGGUCAUCGGGCCAGGGCCCGUCCCAGGGCCAGCAGCCCCAGGCCCUGCAGCAGUCGGUGCAGCUGCAGGUGCAGGCGAUGAGCCAGCAGCAGCAGCAGUCUCCCACCAAACCGGGCCAGCAGGUCGGGAUGGGGAAGAGCCCCCCCCACCACCCGGGGCUGCAGCAGCAGUACAUGCAGGUCCAGGAUCAGCCGGCUCAGAUGUGGAAUCAGGCUCAGGCGGCUCUGCAGAAGAUUCCUCCCAUGCAGAUGUCAUUGAAGCAGUCGCAGCAGCAGCCGCAGCCUCAGCAGUCGCAGCAGCAGCAGCAGCAGCAGCAGCAGCAGCAGCAGCCGCAGACGGCCUUCUACAUGGCGGCGCAGGAUCCUCUCAAACUGUACGAGCACCAGCUGCAGCCGCCCGCCCAGCCCCCGCUCCCCAGCAUGGACAAGAAGAUCAAGUACCCCAACGUCAAGAUGCAGGACUUCUACUGGGAGCCGUCCUACAGGAUGGGGGACGGUUUGGCCAUGAUGGCGGACAGGAUGAAGAGGCCUCCGCCGGGCGGUCUCUGCUCGGAGCAGGACGGCCCCGCCGGGCCCCGGGGACCCCCGUUUGAGCUGCCGAACCAGACCAGGAUGGACAGCGGCCCCGAGGUCGUCAGCCAGUCGUCUUCUCUGCUGCCCAUGUCCGGCUUCCCCAUGCAGGAGUACAACCAGAACAGCAUCUUCAGUCAGGCCUACGGCAAGAACCUGCCGCCCAGCUCCAAGCCCGACGCUCCCAUGAUGCACCAGGAGCCCUCCCUCUACUCCCUGUUCGAAGGGACGCCCUGGUCCCCCUCGCUGCCCGCCAGCUCAGAUCACUCCACCCCGGCCAGCCAAUCCCCUCACUCCUCCAACCCCAGCAGCCUGCCGUCCUCCCCGCCCACGCACAACCACGGAGCCAUGCCCUUCUCCAACUUCGGGCCCAUCGGCACCCCGGACAGCCGGGACCGCAGGGUGGUGGACCGCUGGAAGGCCGACAAGACCGUCCAUCUGGUCGAGCUCCAUGAUGCAGCCGGGCCCGUCGGCGCUGGAGCAGCUCCUCCUGCAGCAGAAGCAGAAGCAGCAGCGAGGCCACGGCGCCAUGAACCCGCCUCACUGAACGGCCGGCCGAGGCGGCGCUUUGUGUCCGGACGUCAACCAAACCACCACCAGGAGAAACGGGAGGAGAAAAAAAACACCAGAAGUUUGACGAGCUCCAACUAAAACGGAAAAUUAAACCGGCGAGGAAAGGUGGAGGCUGGGGAGGCGACACGACCCCCCGACGAGGCUGAAACACCACCCCCCACCCCACUCGGCCGUCGAGGAGCGGCGACGCCCCUCCUGGACCGGAGGGCGCGGGAUCUCUUCAACCGUGGUGCCAUGCGCCACGCCAACGCCGGGUUCCCUUCAACCCGCGAAAUCUGAACAUUGAGGAACAUAACCCCCACCCCCCCCCCCCCCCCUCACCACCGCUGCCCCCCCCCCC